UGGUAGGAGCACAGUCGCGAUCAGGCGUCCGCGGAGAGCGCACGUCACGUUACUGCGGUUGAUUCAUUUAAAAACUUUUUACACUCAAUUUUGUUUUGAACGUAGUGUAGAGUGAGUAAACUAUAUUAAAUAUAGUGUUUUGUAACCGGUGCAAGUGGUUCGUGUGCGUUUUUAAUUCAAAAAACGAAAAUCUAUUUGGAUGUUUUUGAUUGUAAUGUGAAAUUGUUUUUCGGAGAUCAUCAGAAAUGAUCCAUGUGGACGAGACGGAUCCGGUGGGAGAAAUCGAACCACCUUUUCCCUGUCGAGAUGUCAGCAUCAAAAGGAGUACAGAUGUCAAUGAAUUUUAUGAAAUGCUCUCUGAGAUCGGCAGGGGCAAAUUCGGAACAGUAUACCUCUGCCGCGAGAGAAGCACAGGACUGGAGCUUGCUGCCAAACUUGUCUCCGUCAGCAGAAGAGAUGAGAGAAGGAACGUGGAGCGUGAAGUGGAUGUGAUGAGGAGACUGCGGCACCCGAGGCUCAUACAGCUGUAUGACGCCUACGAAUGGGGGAAAUACAUGUGUGUGGUGCUCGAACUCAUAACAGGUGGUGAGCUGUUUGAGCGUGUCAUCGAUGAGGACUUCGUGCUGACGGAGCGAGCUUGCACUGUGUUCAUGCGACAGAUAUGCGAAGGCAUUGAGUUCGUGCAUCGGCAGAAUAUCCUGCAUCUCGAUAUGAAGCCAGAAAAUAUCCUCUGCCUCACAAAGCAGGGCAACCGCAUCAAGAUCAUUGACUUCGGUCUGGCCAGGUUCUAUGACCCGGAGAAGAAACUCCAAGUUCUGUUUGGCACCCCUGAGUUCGUGGCACCAGAGGUUGUGAACUUCGAUCAGAUUGGCUACGGAACCGAUAUGUGGUCGGUUGGCGUCAUCUGUUAUGUUCUCCUAUCGGGACUUUCACCGUUCAUGGGCGAGACAGACAUAGAGACAAUGGCUAACGUCACAGUCGCUAAAUACGACUUCGACGAUGAAGCUUUCAACGAGAUCUCGGAAGACGCCAAGGACUUCAUCCAGAAGUUGCUGGUCAAAGAUAAAGAGUCGCGGCCCAGCGCCACCGAGUGCCUCCGGCACGCGUGGCUGCAGCGUCGCGCGCCGCCCCCGCACGCCGCGCACAACGGCCAGCUCCCCACACCGCACCCCGCACCGCGCACUCCCGUGCCUGAACCUAAGAACGCACUCGACGUCGCCAAGGACAACCUGCGGCUCUUCGUAGAGCGAUGGAGUGAACACCCUAACUCACCAUACGUAUUCGAUAACCAAGCACAUGAAAUCACCAGCCUAGCCAAUGGAAAUUGUGAGAGGUCCUCUAUAGGAGGAUGCUCGCCUUCCCCUAGAAGUUCCCUGAGCAGCUCCCCUGAUGUAGUGUUUGAUGAAGACGACUUGGAACCACCACCACUAAGAGAACACAAUUUCCUAUCUGCACCCAAAUAUAAUCCUGUAGAAAGGCGAGCCUCUGACAGCACUUGCUUCUUGCAUAAAAGACAGGACGUUCUCGUUAGGAAAAACUUAGCAGAAGAAAUAAAGAAACUGUCUGACCACUUGUAUAUGUUAUCCACAAUGAACACUGAUCUCGCAAACAACAACAGUAUGAAGGAACUAGACAAAAACAUUACAGAAACAAAGUCAGUCAAAGAGGAGAAACUACCAAAUGGUUUUAAGAAAGAAACAAGGUAUACGAAGACUAUCACGAACGGCGACGCGUCAGGUAAGGAAAAGAAACUGUUCACAUCGAAGUCAACGACCAAAAUAUCAUCGACAUUCUUAACAGAGAGGGAGCCAGAGAAACCAAUGACGAGUAAAAUGCCAUGGGUGAAGACAAGCAGGCCGAAACGAGUGACAAACAUGAGUAGAGACGUACCAGAUCAACCAGUAGACGUACGGAACAGUUUCUUCCAGGAAUUCGACAGGAGACGAGAGAAGAUAGACAAAUUAGUGAAUGGUUCAGAGAAUGGUAGACAAAUGCCUUACAGAAGAGGCGAUGAGAACAAUGCGCAUCGGACAAAAGACCUUCUUUUACAUCUUUUGGAGAAAUGGGGAGAAUCUGAGGAGGUGGAAGCAGAGAGGUCAGCUGGGGGCACUUCAAACGGAGGCAGACAUCAGUCGAUAUCCCUAGAGUGGUCUCCCUCUAACCAGUUGGGUCAAACCUCCAUGUCAAGCCUCCACGCCUUCUUCCAAAGACAGACUUCAGAUGAGAAGACGCAAAGGAAGAAAGUGACGACUAAUGUAGCGAAAUGAUUUAAGUUGUGAGACUAAAGUGCCAUGACACUAUGUUACCAAAGUACGGUAUGAGAUUAGUUUAUGUUCUUAUAUUAUAAGCCUAGCGCAUAUACAUGAACAUUGUUCUUAUACAAACAUUUUUAGACCUUACACAAGUUUUUUUCAUCAGCCAAUGAGAGUUACCGUGCCACCGAGACCGCUAAUGUAGCUUAAGAUCUUGUCCAAUGGGCUACUUGCAGCUGUCCAGCCAUUGGUAUUUAGGUUUUUGGCAGUGACAGUGAUUGGAGGAAUGGGACGUUAAGCUUCAUUAUCCCCAUCUGGUGAACUCAGUAUCCGUAGCUCUCAUUAUAUCUAUUGUAAGUAAUCAAUGAUGAAGUUUAUAAAUGAAAGAAGUACGAUUAGUAUUGUGACUGAAUGAUGAGGUACUUGUACUAUUAAUUUACUCUUAAAAAUAACUGUUGUACGUAAAUAUAUCAUACGUACAAUAUAAAAGACUAGUCGUUGAAAAUAUCCUAUCAAGGCAGCUUUUUAUCGAUAGGAUGAUUGUCAUGGUGCUUCCAUACUGCCUUUUAAAAAUGUUAGGUAACCAUUUUUUGAAACGUUCUUUUUUAUGUUAUAAGCCGGUAGACGAGCAGACGGAUCAUCUUGUGGUAAGCAAUCGGAGCCGCUUGCUCUAGAGGCGUUACAAGUGCGUUGCCGGCCUUUUGGGGGUUAGGAAUAAAUAAGGGUUGUUGGGAAAUCGGGGAUUGGGAAGAUUGGCAAGGGUAUUGGGGAAUUGGGCCUCCGGUAACCAAGCUCACACAACGCAAGGGUCGUUUUUUUUUGUGAGGCCGUGGUAUCAAUCCGGUCGAAUCGGUCCAUUCGUGCCGAAGCAUGGCUCUCCCACACUUAAAAUAUGAACAUUUUUACUAAUAUUUUAAGGCUGUGUAGGAGCACCAUUAUUACUCAUAGUCAUAAACUGAAAGAUCAAAACUAAAUGCUAGUCUAUUGAUAAAGUUAAAGUCAAAAUUAUUUUGUCACAGACAUUUUUGACUAUUUAUUACACAGUGUCCAUUUUAUCCUAAGGUCUCGUUAAAGGUAAGCGUCCACAGGCCCGCAUCGCACGCAUCGAACACAUCGCACGCAACGGAUUUUAGUUUGUCUUGUAUAGAAACUCAUACAACUGCGUUCACUGAUCCGCAUCGUACGGAUCGCUCGUCGGCAAUGCCUACAUGCGAUGCGUACCGAUGACAUCAUAUGGAAUGUACGAUGCGUGCGAUGCGUACGAUGCGGGCCUGCGGACACUUACCUUAAAAUGGUAAUUUCACUACAACCAUAGUUAUCAUUUAUAUUUAUUUAUUAUAAGGUACAAAGUACUAAGAAAAUACGUUUAUAUGUAUGCGCUAAGUCUUAAAAAGGCGGUUAAAAAUUUAAAAUGACAAUAAUAAAAAAGGGAAACUAUCUAGUCUUCGAAAUUUUGUAAUUAAAUACAGAUUUUUAGACUCCAAGACUGAGAGCGAGUUAAGUCGACAUACUUAUUGAACACGUUUUGGUAAUUAAAACUUUUUUAAUGUGUACAUAAGACAUUUUUAUAGUAGGUGGUAUAAAUAUGCUUAAAUAAAUUAUGAUUGUUCCUUACUCUGUACUUAUGUAUAACUUAAUUAUAAUUUAUUGUUAUUACUAUACGUAUGUUGUUAAAAUAUAAGGCUUUAUUAAAA